AUGAAUGGAAGCUUUGACAACAAUUUACUCCAGAUCGUCUGCCGUAGCAAUAACAAUUACAACACGACCAUUAGUUUCAUCAAUAUCUUAUUAGAAAACAGUUAUUUACAAAGCUUACUCUUGGCUAUUUUCAACGCAAUCUUCGCGGUGCCUACAACCAUCGCUAACCUCUUGGUUAUCAUAGCUGUUUUUACGACUCCUGAACUACGAACUCCUUCGUUUUAUUUAGUAACAAAUCUCGCUUUAACUGAUCUAUUUAUGGGACUAGUUUGCCAAACCGGUUAUAGCCUGUUUGCAGUUUCGUAUUUCAACCUAGAUGUUCAAACUUUAUGCAUCUCUUAUGUUCUAUUUACUAAUAUCUCAAUGAUGGUUACUAUUGCAUCGGGAUUAACAGUAACGGUUAUCAGUAUCGAUAGAUACUUGGCCAUAUCCCUCAAGCUUAGAUAUCGGUCAACAGUCACCUUACCACGAAUACGAAGACUUCUAGUCGUGUUAUGGGUCAUGGUAUUUAUUCUGACGUCACUUCCUCUGUAUACAUCAACCAAGUGGGUUGGUAUAUUUGGCAGCAUUGUUUUCACCAUCUGCUUAUUUACAAUUAUUUUCUGCUACAGCAAGUCGUUUAGAGCGCUGAAGGUUUACUGUAAUCAGACUAACCCACAGGGUUCCCAUCAAGGAAGCAAUGAAGCUACACCAUCAAAUGCUAUCGAUGUUUUGAAAUACAAAAAGCUUUUAAAGACAAUGGUUUUGAUAUUAGGUUUGGUCCUUAUCUGUUACUUACCUCUUUUAGUCAUUUUUAUAACGUUUGAGCAGAAAGGAGAUCCAGAACCCAUUUUUUCCAUAACCAUGCUAAGUAUUGUAGGCUUGAAUUCUACUUUAAAUCCUAUCAUAUACCUGGUAAGAAUGAGAGAUAUUAGGCGAGCUUGCAUUCGGAUUACUAAAAGACUGUUAUGCAAGCCUUGA